ACGGGGGGUGUAGGAAGCAACGGUGCGGGGGGUCUGGGGGUGCCCAAUUCAACCUACUGUCCGAGAAGGAAAUGGCGAAGUUGAGGCAAGGGAACAUUGUUUGGAACUUCGUCACCGCGGGGCAGUACGUCGGAGACCAAUCGAAGAUGCAUGGGGACCAAAAGUUGCGUUGCAACUUAUGCGGCCACUUGUUUCAGGGGGGGUCGUUGAAGGCUGCGUGCCAUUUCACGCAGGCGAAGUUCUGCAAGGCUGGGGGGAUGAGAGUUCUCGCGGAACUCUCCAACGGCACGGACUUCACAUUCGUGCCAUCCAAUGCUCAGCGGGUGCAGAGGUGGAUGGCAGACGACUGCAUACGGGACACGAGAGCACCCACGGGUGGCCAGCGACUGCGGAUGGACGACGCAGAGAGGGACGAGAUUCAGGAUGCCCUCGAUGAGGAGGGCCGCGAGUGUGGGGCUAGGGAGGGGGGGUGGCAGACGAGGGAGAAGAGGGCUCGGCAGACCACGAUUGAUGAGAUGUACUCCAAGGAGAAGUUGGCGGCGUUCACAGACGCGUGGCUGCAGUGGAUCUACGUGAACGGGUUGCCAUUCAACGCCUUCUGUGGUCCGGAGCUCCAAAAGGUGCGGCAGACGGCGGAGAGAGUGCCUCAAAGUAUCCAGUUCCGGUUUCCCACCUUCAGCGUCACAGCAGGCGCCGGUAUCCCUUCGCAGAGGGCGAAGGUGGCGACAAUGUUGAUGAGGAGGGUGGACGUGCCGAAGGACAUGAUCGAGCCGUGCGUGCGUGAGGUUGCCAUCCGCAACCUCCACAUGCUAGAGCCCGCACAUGCCGCGGCCCACCUCCUCAACCCUCGUCGACGAUCCCUCACGUAUUACCAUUCGUUGGAGAUGACCACCGACGACCGAUGUGUCGUCGUGGAGUGCGACAGAUUUCUCCUGGCGCAGAUCGGCGGCGAUCCAGUCGGCAGAUUGUACAAGACCGUGAGGGACCAGAUGAGGGCGUUCCAUUCGAGGCGAGGGGAUUGGGGAGGUGACCUCUUCGAUCUUGAGGAGGAGGAUUGCAGGGGGGACAGUGAGACCGAGCGAUGUGCAGCGUGGUGGUUUGAGCACGGACGUGCCCACCCGGAGCUGCGCACCAUCGCCAUCCGUUUGGUGGAGAUUGCCACCAAUCUCAAACUGGCCUCGUGCGCACGGCAGGGUGGUGGCUAUGUGUUGCCAUGGGUUAUGGGGACCCGUCGGGGGGGGAUGGCGGCAGAGGACGAGGAUGAGGACGGAGAUGUGGAGCCCGAGGUGUGGGGAGCGCGACCUGCCGGCUGUGUUCCGGAGGUGGAGAUCGAGCGGCAGAUUGUCGCUUUCCAGCACAGCCGACCGUCCAGAGCCCAUUCGGUUCGGGACGUGUUCGGCAUCAGGGCGACGGAGGUGCGACCGUGGCCAGAGGGUGGGGAUGAUGUGGACGCUAUUGCGGCAGACGACGACAUCGACGACGAGUGGACAGACGACGAUGACACGCCGGUGAGUAGCGACCCGACGACUGAGCGGGUGUACUUCAUGAGGGGCAGGAUGUUGUCAUGGGCGGUGGGUCCCCUAGUGGGGGGUAUGGCGACAGCGAGACCGCGGGUGAUGAGGGACAGGGUAUCGCCGUGUGUGGCAGAGGAGAGGGUGGACCCGGUGGAGAUGGGGAUACCUAGGGUGUCGGUGGAGACGAUGGAUCGGACGGAGAUGAUGACGACGACCACGGUCCCGAGGACGAUGUGUAUAGGCUCCCCUUGGUGUUGAGGGACCCCACAAUACCUCCCUUGCGCCCUGACGACACAGCGCACACUUUCUUUGACGCCGACGCUUUGGCGCAAGCGUUG